AUGGCUCACGAGACGAAAGUUGUCUCGCUAAAGUAUCGCCCUUUGAGAGACCAGGACGACUUCUUUCCAAAUGGAAGACCCGCAGUUGCUCCAGUUUCUUGUGAGGCCUUUCUGCGACGCCCUUUUGACGUCGUGCUCAUUCUUCUUUCUCUCACUGGCAUGUCGUUGGCCAUUCUGCAUUUUGUUUUAAGUAUUUCGAACCUCCCACCCCUUCCAAAGCCACCGAAUAACGCAUCUCUGCCCUGUGGCAUUUACAGAGGUAAAUGGAGCGGCCCACACAAGGUGCUGCGAUUCUACGGUGUCCCCUAUGCCAUUCCACCCCUGGCUCUGCCUGACCUUACGACUGAAGAACUCUUGCAGCAUAUUGUGCCAAGACAUCGACACCUGCGUUGGUUGUCCCCAAAGCCAGCUGAAGGGGUGGAGGGCUGUAUUGUCAGUCAUCAUGACAAGUGCGCGUUUCAGAAGGGUCAGUGGUUAUGCAAAAUGGAUAGGAAGCCCGCCCAUGGAUUUUGUGCUCAACCAUUACCCAAUAGAAAGGAAGACUUCAGGGAUGUGGAACUGCUUUUCUCGCGAGAAAAUUGUCUGCAGUUGGAUAUAGCAGCCCCCCUCUAUUCAGGCACUCUCCGACCCGUUGUUGUACUCCUGGUGGGUUAUCAGUCCUUUGCUGAACCCCUAAUGCCACCUUCUUACCGAGAGCCCGCAUAUUGGCCAUCCGAUGUGGCAGUGUUGGCAUCGGACGCCGUGUGGGUGUACCUGCAUUACCGCCUAGGAGUGGCCGGUUUCUUCUUUGACCUAGAAGUGCGGGACAGUCGAUCUGCACCGAGCGGCACCUACGACGUACCCUUUCACAACUUUGCCAUCGAGGACCAACUGCUGGCGCUGAAGUGGAUCAAGGCCAAUAUUCGCCGUUUUGGUGGGGAUCCAGCCAGGAUCACGUUGCUGGGUCAUGGUUCUGGUGCAACGAACGCCCUGGCACUGUUAGACCUUCAGUCGAGGGAUAAGAAUCAAGGCAGGCUCUUCAAUCAGGCCUGGCUUGCAAGUGGAGGCGUACACUGGGCCAUGGACAAAAAGAAACAUGUACCCUCUGAGAUGCUUGCCGAUUUGGUGAAGAAUCGACUGGGUGAGCAUUGUGCGGUGAAGGGAUACAUUGCCAAAAGCUGCAACGCACGAGACCUGCAUCGUGCUCUGAUGGAGGAUUCAAUCGCGUUUUUGUAUGAAUCAACAAAGGAGCUCUGGAAGGAUAGCCGUCUAUUGGGUGAUAUCACAACUGGUGAUUCACCUAGAGGCUGGAUGUACGGUAAAGAUAAGUUGGAUCUGAAACCGCCCAUAUUCUGGACACCUGACAAAAAAGAACAAAUGUUCUCCCCAAGAAGUGAGCCACAUAAGUUCACUUUGAAAGUUGGCAGUUUAGCCUGA